AUGGAGUUGCUCAGUUCGCCCAGUUAUCAUCAUAUAUCACCUCUGACACGAUCACGUAGUGAUGUCCGAACAUCAUCAGUAAUGAGAAGAUCAAAUUCGUUUUCCGGCUAUGCCUCUCCAUCGACGACGCGAUUCACCCGACCAUCAUAUGGUUAUGGUGGCGGCUAUAUGGCAAGAAGUCUAAGUAGAUGUGGAUCGUCGUUGUUCGGGCGUUCCUUGGCAGCAACAGCGCUCACAAAAACACCUCCGUUUCAUAAUGUCGGAGUACAACGCAGCACACCGCAUUUUACGGACAGAUAUCCUUAUGUGCGCUACAGUUAUGGAAACACGGACACGGCCCUUGGAAUCGCUACGCAGUCGGAAUCAGUCUACUCACGAAAUUCUGGCAUUCAAGACAUCGGAACGAAGAGAUGGUUGGAAGGAAAACUGACUUCCUACAAUCCGUCACAAUUCAACCGGCCCAACUAUAGAACUCAAGUUGAUCGUAUAUUACUUCCACAAAGAAAUUACAUUCGAUAUAUGCCCGUUGAUGAUGCUGUCGAUAUGUAUAAGAAAAGAUGCAUGACAGUUGGCACAUUAUCUAAGUAUUGGCUAUCUCCGGCGACAUGGGCAUCUCGACGUGAAAAGGAUCUGAAUCUGUCGUCGUCAUUCAGGCACGGAAACUACACCUACUCAAACACAUACAAUAGACUCAAUAGUCGUCUCUACUAA